UCCCCAACCCAAUCUUCAAAUCUGGGCACCGCACUAGCAAUAGUAAUAGUGUUAAAGCAGCAAAUUAGGGUUUCGACACUCAAUCCUCGCCGAUGGCCGAAGUUCUGAGCGCCACCGAGGAUGAUAUCGACCUCCGCCGAGAAACGAGUACCGACGAAAAGCCUCCCGAAGCCGCUCCCUUCGAUACUACCCCGGCCGACGCAUCACCGCCGCCUCCUCCGCCUCAGCCGCCGCGCCGCGCCAUACGCGACCGCGACUCCCGAGAUCGCCGUGAUGACCGGGACUAUGACCGCCCUCCGCGCCGCGAAUACUAUGAUCGCAACCGAUCGCCGCCUCCUCCCCCGCCGCGUGAGAGAGAUUACCAUAAGCGCGGCAGGAUGAGUCCGAGCCCCCCUCCACCUCCGUAUCGUGACCGACGCGGAGGAGGUCCGCAUUCUCCGCCUCCUAGAAGGUCUCCGCCGUUUCCUCCCUACAAGCGGAGGAGGGACGAUGGUCAUGAUGGCAGGAGGGGGAGUCCCAGGGGAGGAUAUGGGCCUGGGGAUCGAAGGUUUGGCUAUGACUAUCCUGGUGGAUAUGAUCGUGACAAUGGAGGCAGACCUGGCUAUCCUGAUGAAAGACCACAUGGUCGGUAUAUGGGCCGCGGAGGUGGUGGCUACCAAGGCGAUUGGGAUUCCGGGCGUGGUGCUUUUGCUGAUACAUUUGGUGCUGUUGGAACCCAGAGGGAAGGAAUGAUGUCUUACAAGCAGUUCAUUCAGGAGCUUGAAGAUGAUAUUUUGCCUUCUGAAGCAGAGUGCAGGUAUCAAGAGUACCGGACAGAGUACAUAUCAACCCAGAAACGAACUUACUUCAAUUCACAUAAAGAUGAAGAAUGGUUGAAAGACAAAUAUCAUCCGACGAACUUGCUCGCUGUCAUAGAACGGAGGAAUGAACUUGCAAAGAAGUUGGCGAAGGAUUUUCAGCAUGAUCUGCAGGGUGGGACUCUGGAUAUAGGUCCUGCUUUUAGUCCUUCCUCGUCAAACAAGGCAGAACAAUCCAGUGAUCCUAAUUCCGAAGAUGAAACAGAUGGAAAAAGAAGGCGGCCCAAUCGUGGUGGUGCCAAGGAAUCUGAACUCUCUUCUGCCCCAAAGGCCCACCCUGUCUGUUCAGAGACUAGAAGAAUUCAGAUUGACAUUGGACAAGCUCAAGCUCUUGUACGGAAACUUGAUGCGGAAAAGGGAAUUGAUGAAAACAUUUUAUCUCGAUCUGAUAAUGAUAGAAUGAGCAGAGAUAAAUCUCAUGGAAGUUCAAGUGGUCCAGUUAUCAUCAUAAGGGGUUUAAAUACAAUAAAAGGUCUAGAGGGGACUGAACUUCUGGACACUCUCCUGACUUAUCUCUGGCGUAUUCAUGGAGUUGAUUAUUAUGGAUUGGUUGAAACAAAUGAAGCCAAAGGUCUCCGGCAUAUUAGAGUUGAGGGGAAGGACCCCGAUGCAAUUGGUAAUGGAAACGAGUGGGAGAAGAAAUUGGAUUCUCGUUGGGAAGAGAGACUAAAGAAUUUCGAUCCACUGGAAGUAAUGACCGCAAAGGAGAAGAUAGAUGCUGCAGCUCUUGAAGCUUUGGAUCCGCAUGUCCGCAAAAUUAGAGAUGAAAAAUAUGGCUGGAAGUAUGGAUGCGGAGCAAAAGGUUGUACAAAGCUCUUCCAUGCUGCAGAGUUUGUUCACAAACAUUUGAAGUUGAAACACCCAGAAGUUGUCAUGGAACAGACAUCAAAAGUUCGUGAAGAGUUGUACUUCCAGAACUACAUGAAUGAUGAAAAUGCGCCUGGAGGGACGCCUGUCAUGCAACCUUCUUUGAGGGAAAAGCAACAAAGACGAAGACCAGGUCCAGAUAACAGAAUGAAAGAUGAUAGAGGAAACCGCAGAGAACGUGAUAAUCGUGCAAAUGGCAGUGAACACUUCGAUAGAUCUGAGAAUCCUCAGUCUGGGGAUUUUAACAAUGGCGAUGGUGCCACUGGGAACAACCCGGAUGAACAAAUGUUUGAUUCUUUUGGUGGGCAAGGCAUUCCUGUUACUGCUUUUUCUUCAGACAUACCUCCUCCUGUGCUGAUGCCUGUUCCGGGUGCUGGUCCACUGGGUCCUUUUGUCCCUGCUCCUCCUGAGGUUGCUAUGCGGAUGUUACGAGACCAAGGGGGGCCUACCCCAUUUGAAGGUGGCAGAAAUGGGUUAGGUGGACCUUCUCCAAUAAUUGCUAUGCCACAUACACUUCGGCAGGAUCCCCGGCAAAUGCGAAGCUACAAUGAUCUGGAUGCUCCAGAUGAUGAAGUGACAGUUAUAGAUUACAGGAGCUUGUGAGCAGGCAAAUGCCGUUGGCUUGGCUUUGGGCUAAGCUUGAGUGUUUGACGACGUGGUGGGGAAGUAUGUGGAGUUUCUGCACAAGAUUCUUUUUCAAGUUGGGGAUAUGUUGAAUAGCUUUGUGUUGUAAUACAGUCUUAUUAUGUGGCUAGGAAGAGUUGAGCUAUUUAUUUUUUAAAAUGAAACAGAUGAGCUCUUUCGGAACAGAAAUGUCUCACUCUUUAAUGUAAUUUUACAUUUGGAGAUGCCUUAUUAAUAUUUUUAUUUGCAAA